UGCUGCCAACUUAGUUAAUAUGCUGCAAUCGAACCGUGUCUUACAAAAGGAGCAGGCUGACUUAUAUGCCAUAGAAAGGAAGCUAGUCAAAGUGCUUCCAGUUGUUCAGGAAGCCUUGAAUUCCCUUAAGGUGGAGGAGCUGCAUUUAAAAUCACAGUCGGUACAUCGAACGAUUUCUAUGGUUCCACCCAGUUCUAAUCUUGAAGUUGAAGCCUCUGCUCAAAGCAUAGUUACACCCAACGAGCAAAUUAAUCGGCAGCAAAUUGACUUGGAAUUAUUCGGAAGCGAGUUGCAGACGUUUGAAGUGGAAACCGAUUCGGACUAAUCAAUUUCACAGCUGUUAGUCA